AGACAUCAAUUCCGGAGGUUUUGAUCCCACUAUGGCUUAUGUCUUUAAUUUCGACAAGCGAUACUACAAUGUCUUGGAGGUGAACAAGACCAGCUAUGGAAGCUGCAAUGACCAGGGCUUUAUACAGAACAUCACUCAUGGUGGGCGUGAUGUGUUUCAACUCACAGAAGCAAGGACUUAUUACUUCCUCAGUAGUGGAGGCUACUGCUGGCAUGGGAUGAAAGUAACUGUCAAUGUCGAAACACCUCUGGAGGCACCUGUGCCAGCUCCUGCUACACCUCUGAAGGCAUCUGCACCAGCUCCUGCUACAAGUCAUUCCCCAUCCAAUUCUGGCACCGACCCCACAAGUUUGUUUCUUGUGCUUACCCUGGCUGUCUUUAAUUUGGGCCAAUAUUUAUUUUAAAUCAAGGUAGUUGAUUGAGAUAAUAUGGCAUGAAAUUAAGCUAUACUAUAGCAUUCAAGAUUUCAUUAUAUAGGACUCUUCAAAUUUCAAAAAAGACUGGCUCUGGCUUCUCAGUGUGAAUUAGAAAUUGUUUCUGGAACACAUAUAUGAGGUCUUAAUUUCAAUA